GAACUUUAAGACUUGGCCCCGGGGGCCCUCGGUGACAUUUCAGGCGUUGCCGCGCCAGGCCAGCCUCCCGGGACCUUCUGCCGGCUGCAGACUCGCCGGCCGCGCAGCUCGGAGAGACAUCCCGGGCCGCCCCCCGCGGCCGCGCGCGAACCGGACGGCGGAAGACGUGGCCGCGGGCAUGGGCAGCUUCUCGCCGGAGCUGUGGCUGCCGCGGCCUCUCACCCCCCCGGGCCUGGUCCUCGCCGCGGCCCUGCUGCUGCUGGUACUGUGUCUGAGCGCCCGGCGCACCAGGAGACCUGGUGAACCUCCACUGAUAAAAGGCUGGCUUCCUUACUUUGGAGAAGCCCUGAAAUUACAAAGAGAUCCCCUCGGUUUCAUGACUACUCUUCAAAAGCAGUAUGGUGAUGUUUUCACUCUUUUCCUUGGGGGAAAUUACAUAACAUUUAUCCUGGACCCUUUCCAGUACCAGUCAGUGGUAAAAAAUCAAAAAUUAAGCUUUCAAAUGUUUACUAGUAAAUUCUUAAUGAGAGUAUUUUCUAUCAAAAAGAUGAUGACAUAUCAUGACCUGAACGACAAGAUUCAUACUAGCUAUCAACUUUUACGAGGGAAGCAUUUGGACACACUGAUGGAAAACGCAAUGCAGUCUCUAAAACAAGUUUUUGGACCACAACUCUUAAAAACCACAAGUUGGGACACGGAAUAUUUGUUGACAUUCUGCAGCUCAGUAAUAUUUGAGAUGACGUUUACAACCAUGCAUGGAAAUGUUCUCGCUGACAAUAGGAAAACAUUUAUUACUGAGUUAAGAGAUGAUUUUUUUAAAUUCGAUGGCAAAUUCACACAUUUAGCAUCAGGCAUACCCAUUGAGCUUCUAGGAAACAUCAAGUCUAUUCGAACGAAACUUAUAAAACAAUUGACAACAGAAAACUUAGCUAAGUUUCAAGGAUGGUCAGAAGUUGUUCAAAUGAGGCAAGAUAUCCUGGAGAAAUACUAUACGCCCAAGGACACUGAAAUAGGAGCACAUCAUUUAGGCUUGCUCUGGGCCUCUGUGUCAAACACUGUUCCAACUAUGUUCUGGACGAUGUAUUACCUUCUACGGCACCCAGAAGCUAUGGCAGUGCUGCGUGACGAAAUUGACCAUUUGCUGCAGUCAACAGGUCAAAAGAAAGGGCCUGGAUUUUCCAUCCACCUCACCAGAGAACAAUUGGACAGCCUGGUCUACCUUGAAAGCACCAUUCUUGAGGUCUUGCGGCUAUGCUCCUUUUCUGGCAUCUUUCGCGUCGUUCAAGAGGACUUGACACUACACUUAGAGAGCCAGGACUGCUGUCUGCGAAAGGGAGACUUUGUAGGCAUCUUUCCUCCCGUCUUACAUUAUGACCCUGAAAUCUUCGAAGCUCCAGAGGAGUUUAGAUUUGAUCGUUUUACAGAAAGUGGUAAGAAGAAAACCACCUUUUUUAAAAGAGGGAAAAAGUUGAAGUAUUACCACAUGCCAUUUGGAUUUGGAGUCAGCAAAUGUCCAGGCCGAUUUUUGGCAAUAGUUGAGAUAAAGCAAUUGUUAGUUGUAUUUUUAACUUACUUUGAUUUAGAAAUAAUUGAUGAUAAGCCCUUAGAACUAAACUACAACCGCUUUUUGUUUGGUAUUCAGUAUCCAGACUCUGAUGUUUUAUUUAGGUACAAAGUAAAAUCUUAAAGAAGCUAAAAGGAAAGAAAAGAAAUCUAUCAAAGCUAACCUAAAUGUCCUUAGCUCAUCUAUUUGUUUUUAAUUUCUUCAAAUGUCAUUGCUUUGUUUGUUUUAAAAGUGCCAAUUUCUGUUUGAUCUGAGAUCAGUCCAGUCUGUACUUUGUCACAAAACCCAUCAAAAAAAAGAAACAAAGAAAGAAACAGCAUGGUGGCAUGAAAUUGACAUCAAAAUCAACAUAAUGAUUAACUUAAAGUAGCUUUUUUUAAGUUUCUACAUACAUAUUGUAAUUUGCAAGUGUCAUAGUAAAUGUGCCUUCCCAGCAAUAGAUUUGACACUGUGGGGUUUUUUUAAAGUCACAAAUUCUUCUCUAAUAUGUAAGAAUACGCUUUAUGUACUAAUGGAAAUUUGUGCUGGAAAUGGACACAGUCUAACAAAUACCAAGUUCUCAGAGAAGAAGGAAAUUAAAUUUCCAUGAGAUACACUGGAUGAAAAUGUUCCCUUCAAGUAUAAUAUCAAUAAUAUCUAUAUUGCCAGGGUACGUUUGCAUUAAAUGAGUUUUGCAGUAGAUUAAAUGCUUCAACUUCACUUCAGUAUUUAAUCAUCCAUAAAUGUUCUUUAUUACUUUGUAUACUGUGGCUCAAUAGAACAAAAUUUCUUGUUAUAUAAGGCCACUCAUGUUCAAGUGAGACACUGAUAAGAUUUAUCAGUGUAAGAACACACAAAAACCUAUUAUAUAUUCAGCAAUUGCCCUAGACAUUAGUAUUAGGUUUAUUGUAGGAGUAAAUGUUGAGCUCAGUACAGGACUGAUUGUAGCAUUUGACUCCAGUGUAAACUAUAAGGGUUAUGCCAGUAUUGGAAUUAACUUUCCUAAAUGCUGCCAUUUACACCAACUGAGAAACUAGAUAGCAGUAUUUGUUCUUGACGCCUCACCUCUUGGACUUGGAGUUUAUUUGUAUUAUUUGAAUUACAACAUUAUGUAAUACAGUAUAAUUCCAUAUGCCACAAUGCAGCAUAGUGUGGAGGAUUCAAAGAUUGCUAGUAUCAGAUUGCCAAGUGAUUGUCUGGCAUCCUACCUAACUGCUGAUGCCGUGUAUAAACAGGCAAAGCAGGUAAUUAAACCCAGUUCAUUCAUGCUGCAUUCAUUGGAACUUCUGAUAUUUCGGAAAUGUGCUAUUGUUUUUGAAAAGGAAAUUGAUUUUUAAAGUAACAGUAUAAAAUACUUAACCAUACUUAGUAACUAAAUAGAUUUUCUAGCAUUUAUUUUCUCCUUCCUUUAGUCCAUACUCUAAGUGCACCUUAGUGAAGGUCUACUGGUCUAAACUUUGUUUUUGCCGGAUUGAAGAUGUUUUCCUUUUUGCCCUCAUUCCUGAAAGGUGAUUUCGCUAGAUGCACAAGUCUAGAUUGACAGUGAUUUCCUCACAGGGCUUUGAGGAUAUCUCAGUUAACCUGUAUUCGGUGUAAUUAUUCAGUAGGUAGUCUGCCUCUCUGACAGCUUUAACGUGCUCUCUUUGUCUUUGAUGUUCUUAGUUUCUGUUUAUCAUGCUUGCAUGUCAUGGUGUCUUUCAUGAAGUGUAGAAAGUUCACAAUCAUGAUCUCUUUGAAUAUUUCCUCUCUCAGGCUCUGUAUCUCGCUCUGUACUCCACGUUGUUUGACCUUUUUGCCUCGUAUUUUCCACCUCUAAUUUACAUUCUCGGUAAUUUCUUUGGAUCUUUAGAUUUCUCUGCCAGUUUAUUCUACUCUUUAACCCAUCCAUCAAGUUUGUUUCUUCCUUCUUUUUAUUUUAAGCUCAGGUUCAUAGGACUGAGUGAUCACAUGCCUUAUGUCCCUUAGUUCAUGGUACACAAUUAUAAUUGGCCCAAACAAGGCCCUCUGGCUUUACUGACUCAUUCUAUUUUAUCCCUAAUGGCUACCAUCAUACCCCUCCCCAUCACAGGCAAAUAGUCUGAUGUGUCCGGUGUGUAUCUUUUUAUUUGUAUGUGUUUUUAUAACACAUAUGUUAUUAUCUUGGGUGCAUAUGUGUUUAAUUUUCAUAAAUGUAUAUUCUAUAAAUCAUUAUUCUUCUUAAUGUUUAACUACACUCUAUAUUUUUAAAGAUAUAUCCAUAUUACUUUAUGUAUAUUUAAUCUGUUGCUUCUAACUGCCGUAUAGUAUCCCAUAAUGUGCACCCACCAUGUUUUAAUGCUCUAUUUACCCAGUGGUGGAAACUGUGUUGGUGGGACAGUUAAUUUGGGGGGAGAGGCCAAAGGAGAACCUAGACGUCCUCCCACUACUGUGUGCUCCACCCUCCACCCUGGGCUGCAAACCCUGUCAUCAGCAGCCCCACCACACGCGCACAUACACACGCGCGCUCGCACACACGCAUGCACACAAACGCACGUGCACACACACGCGCACGGAUGCGCGCGCAUGCACACACGCCCACAUGCACGCGCGCACAUACACGCACGCAUACGUGCGCGCCCACACACACACACAGGCCGUGACAGCCUUCAUUCUCUGAGAUGUUCUAGACUUGUUGUGUUCCAUGCUCAGAUCCUUAUCACCCGCUCCCUUCUGUGAGGUCUCCAGGGUUGAUCUGAGUCAGGGUACCAACUGUCAGUUUGUCAGCUUUCAGGAUUUCAAUUCCACUGAGUCUGCUAAGUUCAGUGAUUACAUUUUCAGUUUGAGAAUUCUCUUUUUGUUCUUCCUAUCUGCCUGGUCAUUUUUGAUAAUAUCUUGUUCUUUCAUCAUACACUCAAUAUCUUCUUCCAUUUCUUUAACUAUAUUAAGAAACUUAUUUUAUAUUCUGUACCUGGUAUUUCCACAUCAUCAGUGUUUUGUGGGUCUGAUUCUAUAGUUUGCUUUUCUUUUAACUCUGCCACAGGAUGGCUUGUUUACUGGGCCCAUGUUCCUUGGAAUUUUAUCUCUGGACAUUUUUUUAAGACCUGAGUUUAAAGUUCACACCUCCAGAGAGAAUUUGCGUUUGCUUUUGUCUGACUGCUGGUGUUACUAUCAACUUCAGAUCACUUUACAUUUUCAACUUGAGUAUUUUGAAAGGGGAUUGGGAACAACAUAGAUAGUGCGGGUUCUAGCCCUAAAUCAGCCAGACUGCAACCCUAUGAUUAGGAAUAGACAGGAGAGACUUUCUGGGUUUUUUUUUCCCCCUUUACCCAAAGCCAAGGCUGAGACAGGCAGGUAUACCCACAGUCCUUCUCUGUGGAGCAAGGUUUCUUUCUAAGUCACUUACUGAGGCUGCGGCCUCUGCAAAUUCUUGGCUUUGUGUACAGGUCUUGGAUUACAUGCUCACCCAAACACACACACACAUACACACACACACACAAACACACACGCCCCGCUUGGGCCCCAAGCUUUAUCUUCUGCCUGCCACAAAGUAUAGCCCAUUUGUUUUGUACUAGGACAUCUAUUCCACCAUGUUGCCUGAAGUGGAAGCCUCCAGAUUCUUAAAUUCAUCUUAGUAGUACACUUUUGAGCUGCUACAGCAGAGAGAGCACAGAAAAGUAUUCCAUUCUAAUUUCUGCUUAAUUUAUAGCGAAAGGAAUUUAGAGUAGAAAUAUUAUGUAAAAUAUUACAUAAAAGCAAUGGGUGGUAGAACCAAAACAAGAGAGUCUUGUGACAGGCUUAAAUCUGGUAAUUAAAGAUUGUUUAUAAAUAGAAUAAAUGUCAUGGAGAAAUGAGUUACAAGACAUGGAUUCUAGCUAUGACAUAACUGGUUUGUUUUCAUCAACAAGUCACUUUGCCUCUCAGUGCUUCAGUUUCCAUAUUUGCAAAAUAAUAAAAAUAUUAAGGCCUUUUGACACCAGGGUUCAUUAUGAGGAUUGAACACAGUAAGAUGUGCAAACUUACUUUGAAAAGUGUAAUGCAAUAUACGAACUUAAAGUUGUAAAGGAGAUACUUUGACAACGUUGUGCCUUUAAAAAACUGUUCUUAUGUAUUUGUUAAAGGGAACCAUUUUUUGUCAUUAGUUAAUUCAUUAUUCAUUUAUUCAAUCAAACACUUAUUGAGCAUUUCCUCUAUCCUAGAUGUGAUGCUAUGCACUGGAUUACCCUUCUUCAAGAACACAUAAUGUAUUAGAGAACACAAUACAUACCCAACUAAUUUAUUAUACAUGUGGCUGUAAUAAAUCAUCUCCUUAAAACUAUUUUAAAAUUCUGAUUUAUCACCAGUUCUAACGAAACUUCCAUCACUCAUUCGAAAUUAGUGUUCUGUAAUGAGAAAUUACUAUGAGCCUAAUUACAUACAAUAAAACAUAUACAUCAAGUAUUGUGAUUAUAUGUUAAAAAUAACCCAAACCAAAUACAAUCAUGGAGGCUUCAGAAUUUUUUAAAAACUGUAUUUUACAUAUAGUAAAAACCCAUCUUUUCAUUUUUAAGCCUCCUCUAAAUUUCAAAUUAAAGAAAAUGAAUAACUAAAACUAUUAUUUUAUAUCAAUGACCAACAGUAAUGAAGCAUUCAGUUAGCAAACACUAAAUGCUCUGAAGAUAUUCAGGAAAAAGCUAUUUAUCACUGAGUAAGGAGUGCUGAUAAGCAACCUAUUCGAGAACUUUAUCUGCCUUGUUGGGCUUUCCUGGCAUACUUCAUUAUAUUUUCUCCAUUUUCUCAUUAAGUUUUGGGUCACAAGUGUGAGGCAAAGGAGCUUCUAUACUCAAAAUUUGCAUGAUUACUUCUGUCUAUUUACUCAUGAAAAAUAAUUUGGGUCGCAUUUCCUAUAAGCCAAUUCUUCAAAUUUAACCAUGGAAUCUUAAAACCAAUUUCAAAGAUCAAAGCACAAAAACUAUCUAGGCUUUGAUCUUCAUAUAAAACAAUGUCAAUAAUUAUAAAACAAGAAUUAUAUGCCCUGAGAAUGUACACUGCUUUAAUCUAUUAAAUUUACCAAUAUUGCAAACCAUUAUGUACUUGAACUGCAUUAUUAGGUAUUCAUAUUCACAUACUCAAUUAGGAAAAAGUUAGCAAGCCAAGAUUAAGUUCCCUGUAGCACUAUUUUAAAUGACAGUGGAUGAUCACAUAAAGUUCUCUAAUGUUUCUCUAAAGCAAUUAUUACUUAUUCUACUUCAGAGUGUUCAUCUAAAUCAGUGAUCAUUGAUGAUGGAACUUUUUUGCUUAAACGUUUACUUUGUUUAUAAUAUCUUGAGUAAGAUCAAUUUAAUUUGUGAAAAUCUCUACUGAACAAUUUUUAAAAGGAGGUAAUUUGGCAAUACUUACAUUUUAAAAUAUUUUUUAAGCAGAGGAGGCUGUAUAUUUUAAAAAACGUGUCCUGAAUGUUUGUUUAAUACUCUUUUGAUUUUAAAAUGGUAUAUAGGUGGAUUUAUGAGGAAGCAAAUUAUCUUGAAAAGAUCUUAGGUAAGAAAUGCAAGUGCUUUGUAACUCAAUUAAUGUUGUUUUUUAAAUUUACAACAAGCCAAUAAAUUAACUUUUAAAGC